UUGAUUGUUCUGUAGGAAUGACGUGUCAAACAGAUCGGAUAUAAAUACCGGUAAAUAACACGACUUGUCACAGACGGCGGCCAGACACUGAAACAACAUUCAAGUAUUGGUGCCUUCACAAUAGCAAAGUUUAAACACUCUACAAUGGCGAUGUUCCUGAUGAGCCUUGGUCUUGGCUUGUCAUCUGCUGCAGCAGCGACAGCAGCGACAGUAGCGGCACCAGCGAAAGCAGCGGCACCAGCGUAUGAGUGGAGAAGUAUCAACGCCACCUACGGGGAUGAGACAAUGCUCCUGGACGUGGCAAUCGGAGAUGGCAUCAUUGAACUUCACUCCCACAAACCAGACAAUGCGCCAACCACUUUCAGAGAAACAAGCAACAUCCACGUGUUUUCCAGGCAACUUGUUGCCAUGAGAAAUUCCGUGGACAAAGAAUGCUAUGUCAGACAUAUCAUAGAAUCCUUUGAAGAUUUGAAAGAGAAAAUUGGCGGUAUUGAACAGCACGACGCAUCCAAAGGGAAACUCUCCGAAGACUGGAUCAACGUGAAGAAUGUUUGCCCCAUCGAGUCGUGGGCUGUGGAGGAGCUCCUGGGAGCUGAGAUCGACUGCUUCUGCCGCUUCCACAAAGUCUACUUCGUCGGUCUCGUGCACACCGGAACCGUGGACCUCACAACUCCUUCCAGACGUCACAAACGUGCAGCUGCUGCUGUCUUUGUUGCCAGCGCUUGCAGUUGCUGUUGUGGUCGCAGCCAAUGGGCUUAGCCGGAAUCCAUAGUAUUACGAGAAUAAGGCCUCUCAAUAUGGCCAAAGUAGAGUAUGCAUUUUCGAAAUUCAAAAUGAUGUUGUGAUAUAAGAGUUAAUGUGGAUAUUUACCUCAAUGGUUCAAUAAACAAAUGUUUAAAUUCAA